GUAAAGACCUGCCAAAACAGACAGGAACUGAUUCACUACAGACAAAAGAUGCGGCUGCUGCAGUCGUGAUAGAUAAAGCAAUUUCGGCUUUACUAUUUGACUAUUUUAUUUAGCCUAGCAGGAGGAGUAGGCUAGCUUACAUAUUAGGCUACCAUUUUUAAAAGAAAGAAUAUCUACGUAAAGUAUUGCUUGGCAAUAUAACGUCACAUCAUAGAGAGACAAUGACAUGACGAGGAGAUAAAAAAAAAAAAAAAAAACCUGGCUUUGUUACACGAGAAGGCUGCUUUUCCAACCUCUCUAGUCAACUGCCGGUGGCCUGCUGUAGCCAUGACGAUGCCCCAUUCCCAGCGUUGUUUGGGUCCAAAAGUUUACCCAGAGGUGCCCGAUGGCGGCUGGGGCUGGGCUGUGGCCACGGCCUUCUUCUUCGUGGAGGUCUGCACCUAUGGGACCCUCAAGAGCCUGGGGGUCUUCCUCCAGGAUCUGAUGGAAGAGUUUGGGGAGAGCAACAGCCGAGUGUCCUGGGUUAUUUCCAUCUGUGUCUUCAUCUUUACCUUCACUGCCCCCCUGUCCACGAUGCUGAGCAACCGCUUCGGCUGCCGGCGCGUGGUGAUGAUGGGAGGCUUCCUCAUCAGCCUGGGAACCAUCAGCUCCGCCUUCACCAACUCCAUCAACGAGAUGUACAUCACCAUCGGUGUUGUCUCAGGCCUCGGCUACUGCUUCAGCUUCCUUCCCACCGUCACCAUCCUCGCCCAGUACUUCUCCAGACGCCGGGCCCUCGUUACCUCUGUCGCUUCCUCGGGGGAAUCCUUCGCCGUAUUCGCAUUUGCUCCAGCUUUCACUAUACUGAAGGAACACAUUGGCUGGCGCUACUGUCUGGUCAUCCUCGGCACCGUACAGGCUUCUGUGAUUGGCUGUGGGCUUCUCCUCCGUCCAAUCAUUAUUGAGCCAGAGCCUGCACAGGAGGACAGUGAAUCAGACAAAGAGUCUCUCUCUCUGAAGCAGCUGCAGACUGCUUACGAGCUGGAGAACGAGCAAACCAGGACCUCCAUCAGUUCAGGGGUCUCCCAGGGUUCAGGGGACUCGGGUGUCACCUCCCUCUCUACCUCAGACGGAGAUCUAAGGACUGCAGGAGCUGAAAGCAAGGCUCUGAAGGAGUGGGAGGUGCAGGACAAAGAGGGCAGGGAGCCGUCUCUGUCCACACCUCCCACCCCAGGCAAGGAGAUGGAUGAGGCAGGUCCUCUCCAUCCUUCCAGAACCAAACUUCUGGACUUCUCUGUGCUUAAAGACAGGGCCUUUAUCUGUUACUCCCUGUUCGGCUUGUUUGCCACACUGGGCUUCUUCGCCCCGCAGCUCUACAUCAUCGAGCUGAGCAAGAGCCGGGGCGUGGAGCCCAGCAUGGCCUCCUACAUGCUCUCUGUGAUGGCUGUGGCCGAGAUCUUCGGCCGCUUGUCCAUCGGGCUGGUGUUGAACAGAGUCCAGUGCAGGAAGAUCUCGGUGCUGCUGGGCUGUGUGGUUCUGCUGUGCCUGGUGCUGGUGGCCUUCACUCUAGUGUGGGAGUUCUGGGGCCUGGUGGUCUGCUGCGCCCUCUAUGGCUACUUCAUGGGCACCGUAGGCUCCACUCACAUCCCCAUGCUGGCGGAGGAGGACGUGGUGGGCAUCCAGAAGAUGGCUUCAUCUGUGGGAGUGUAUGUCUUCAUCCAGAGCUUUGCUGGGCUGGCAGGGCCACCCCUUGGAGGUGUGUUGGUGGACGUCACCAAGAACUACGGUGCUGCCUUCUACUCCUGUGCGGCGGGCAUGGGCCUCAGCGCCGUUUGCCUGGCUCUGGUCGGCCCCGCCAAGUCUGGCAUGUGCCAAAGACAGAGCAGAAACAAAGAGACAGGCAGGAGCGAAGAGGAAGAGGAGAAAAUGUCUCAGGACAGCGGCCAGGCUGACUUUUUGGAGGUGGACUUGGCCCUGGAGUACAGUCCGGUCAGACAUGCUGUGGAUCAGGACAACGCCUCUGUAAUAUGAAACUGACUACAACAUGUAGUACCGGUGUUUUCUCUGCAGAGCAAGCCCAAUUUUACCAGUGUGUCCUGCUGCUUUCAUGUUCUGUAAUCCUCUCAGAAAGAUGCUUGAGAUCCUGAAAGCCUGGUCCUGACCAGGUACCACCCCCUCCGACGAACACACACUGGGAAGC